AUUUUGUGCUCUGACAUUUAUUAAUUUGUUGUUCUUUUGUGAAUUUCUUUGCGUCACAUAUUACUUUAUCUGUAUCUCUUUUUUUUUUCGGUUAAAGAAAGCGUCACAUAUUACCUAUAUAUACAAGUAUACUCAGGACAAGUUCUGUAAUGUCCACCAUGGCAAGUGAUGCUCACUCCCUCAAACAUUACUGCUUUGAAGAAUGGAUCAACCUUCAACAAGAAGACCUCUCAGAGCUCCUCCAAGGUCUAUCCCUAAACCCCAACAUCCCAGAGCACCAUGACUCACUGAGUCAACUCACUCAGAAGAACGUCCAACACUUCCAAGAAUACAUUGACAAGAGAAGGCACUUGGCUCGUGACCAUAUCUCAGCCUACUUCGCACCCUCUUGGUGCAACUCACUUGAGAGCUCCCUCCUCUGGAUUGCUGGAUGCAGACCAUCCAUGUUUAUCCGACUCACUUACGCGUUAUGUGGAUUGGAGAUUGAGUCACGACUCACUGAGUUCCUCCAGGGGGCGAGGACCGGGGACUUUGGCGAGCUCACUACGAGUCAAAUCACUCUGGUGAAUAGUUUACAGGGAAAGACUAUUAGGGAAGAAGAUAAGCUGACGACCCGGCUGGCGAGUUUGCAGGAGGACAUAAGCAAGCCGUUGGCGGUGAUGGAGGCGAGUCAGAUCGGUGAGUUGAACCGUGACACGGAUAAGGCACUUGAUGAGCACGGGCUGUUUAUGGCCACUAUGUUGGUGGAGGCUGAUCAGCUGAGGAUGAGCACACUGAAGGAGCUGGUGGGUAUUUUCACACCAAUUCAGGCCGUGGAUUUCUUGGCUGUGACCAAGAAGCUUCACCUUUGUAUGCAUGAGUGGGGUACGAAGAGAGAUGAUCACAUGUAUGGUACAGCAAAGAGUAGAGACAUCAUGUGUGUGGUACUAGGAUCAAAGAGUAUGUUUAAUGUGUGUGUGUGUAUGUAAGUGUGGGGUUUUGUCUUAUUAGUUUGUUUGAAUAAAGACAAGACUUACCACAGCUGAAAUGGGAAAAUUAUAUAUCUAUGGUUUUUGAUAAAUGAGGAAUGGUGAAACAUAUUUAGCUAGGUAGAUUAUCUAUGGACUCUCAAAUAUUUACUGUUAUCUCAUUUGUAAAGUUUUUCAUUACGCUAUUAAUUGAGAUUAUUAUGUAAUUAAACA